AUGGGUAAAAGAAACGGAGGAAAGAAAUUCAGAUGGAGGAAUGGGAAGAAGCCUAAGGAAAACGUCUGGAGAACGAUGGAGGAGUGUCCUCGCGAGAGUGAACUGUUUGAAAACUAUUACAAGCUCCAGAAAAUCGUUCCCGAAGAGGAAUGGGGGCAAUUUAUUGAAACUCUGAGACGAGAUCUUCCUACGACAUUCCGCAUCAAUGAGGCCGACCCCAAUUUUGAUAUCAUCAAGAAAAACCUCAAGACCAAGUAUCACUUUGAUGGGACCGUGGAAUACGAAGGCCAGCAGAUCGGCUGUGUUCACCCGAUCGAGUGGUACGAAGGGGAAGGAGCUUGGCAAAUCGAUCUCCACCGCAAGAAGCUCCGCAAGGUGGAAGCCUUCAAGGACCUUCACAAGUACAUGAUAGCUCUCACGCUGUCCGGCCACAUCGGUCGCCAAGAAGCCGUCAGCAUGCUUCCUCCGAUGUUCCUCGACGUCCAAAAAGACGACAUUGUUCUGGACAUGUGCGCCGCCCCGGGCUCGAAAACGCUCCAAAUCCUCGAGAAGCUGCAAAAGCAAGAUGGCCAUGGCAUCGUGGUAGCCAACGACGCGGACAGCAAGCGCGCGUAUCUGCUCGUCCACCAAGUCAGCCACCUCAAGAGCGGCCGCAUCAUCGUAACGACGCACCUCGGCCAGCAAUAUCCCUUCCUUCGGUCCCUUCCCCGCGGUUCUGUAACCCCUAGAUUCGACGAAGAACCGCGGGUAUCGGCGGACUCGACGUGCCAGAGCGGCUCGUUCGACCGAAUUCUGUGCGAUGUGCCGUGCAGCGGGGACGGUACGCUGCGAAAAGCGCCCGAUUUGUGGAAAAAGUGGAACAUCAAGUACUCGCUGGCGCUGCAUCCGCUGCAGAUCGCGAUCACUCUCCGCGGCCUGAAGCUAUUGAAGGUGGGAGGCCGCCUCGUGUACAGCACAUGUUCAUUAAACCCCAUCGAGGACGAGGCCGUCGUCAUGGCGCUGCUGCGUCGCUGCGGCGGCGCUGUGCGCAUUGUCGACGUCCGCGACCGCUAUCCCAAGCUGCGUCGUGCCGCGGGACUCUUUCAGUGGCAAGUCGUCGACGGACAAAACCAACCAUUCCCGCGGUUUGACGCCAUCCCCGCGGAAAACAGACGGCUGUACAGGGAGUCGAUGUUCCCACCAAGCGAAGAGGCGUGUCGGGAGGCGCAUUUGGAGUGGGCGAUGCGGUUUUUGCCGCACCAUCAGGACACCGGGGGUUUCUUCGUCUGCGUGCUCGAGAAAACCGCGGAAAUCCCCAAGCUCGACAGAGAGGAGGAGGAGGAGGAGAAUGAAACGCCCAAGGAGAACGAAACGCCCAAGGAGAACGAAACGCCCAAGGAGGAGGGAGAAAAAAGCAAAGCGAUGGAAACGGAGAACGAAACGUCCAAGGAGAAUGAAACGCCCAAAGAGAACGAAACGCCCAAAGAGAAUGAAACUCCUCAACAACAACAAGAGGAAGAAGAAGAAGAAGAAGAGAACGAAUUGCUGGACGGCGAUCUCGUUGGCAUCGUGAAGGACGAGCAGCAAGUAUUCUCCCAGAACCGCAAAUACGACGUCCUGAUCCCCUGGAACAAAGAGAUCCUCCCCGCGCUGCGCGCCUUCUACGGCAUUUCCGACGCGUUCGACUGGGACUUGAUCUACUCGCGCUCCGCGAACCACCACAUCCUCCUCUACGUGGACCCGGUGGUGAACGCGCUGUGUCUGCGCUCGCGCUCGGCGAAGCGGCUGAAGGUGGUGAACACGGGGCUGAAGCUGUUCGAGUACAACAGUCGGAAGUGCGAGUGCGCGUACCGCAUUUGCCAGGAGGGAUUGCCCGUGCUGCGGCCUUUCAUGACCAAGCGCGUGGUCGCGGUGGAUCGCACGGACUUCCUCCGCAUUCUGGAGACGCAGAAGAACUCGGCGGAGCUCGCGGCGUUCGCGGAGGCCACGCAGAAGCAGCUGGAGGCGAUGGAGGUCGGCGCGUGCGUGUUUGAACUCGAUGCGGAGACGAGGAAGCGGCUCACGGAGAAGUUCCCCGCGUUCGAGAGGACGUUCGAGACGAUGGGCUGCGUGGUGUGGCGAGGAACCAAAUACAUUAACAUCCUCGUGACGGAAGUGGAUAUCGAGACGAUGCGACGCGUUCUCACCAUGGAAGAAGCAGAAGAAGAACAAAAAGAAAACUAA